AUGGAGGACUACGAGGAGCAGCUGCACGGGGUCGAGGAUGACUUCCACAGCCAGUUCGCCGCCGAGCUCGAGGUGCUGGCCGAGCUGGAAGGUGGGCGUGGGGACGCCGCCCCUGGAGCCCUCCAGGGACCCGCUGCCCUCCGCGGGCGGCCCGGGCGGACGUUCGAGGAAGCCAUCGCUGGGGGGGACGCUGCCAUCCGCCGCUGUCUCGCUGCGUCUCCAGGGAACUCCAGGCGCAGUGCCAGGAAGCGGCAGGUGGAUGCGGAUGUCUGGAGAGUGGAACCUCUGCACCCCACCCCGAAGGUCAAACGGCCUAGGCUGGAGGUGGUGAAGAGGCUGAAUUUUGGCCCAGACGCGGAGGAGCUCCAGUUUCCUGACUCUCCACCUGAAGGCAUAACCCCCCCACCAAGUCCUGAGGUCCCCCCCGAGCUGUGGAAUACUGGGCCCCCAGAUGCUGGUGGUGAUCCGGGUCUCACACACGCCUCACAAGGUGCCCGCAAUCCCGUCCUGAAGCGGCCUCCUGUCUUGGAGGAUUAUAUCAAUGUGACAUCCACUAGUGGUGACCGGGCCUUUCUGGUGCUGCGUCCUGACCCCACGGCACCGGGGUGCAGGUGGAGCCCUCUCUUUGAUGUCCAGUGGCGAGGCUGGGGCCAGCUGAACCUCCUGGGUAUGUCCUUCACCUCCCUGAAGGAACAAGUUGACAGUGAGAGACGACAGCAACUGCUUGAGGAGGCCCAGAGACUCUCAGACACACUGCGCAGCUUUAGGUCUGAAGAGGAGGAGGCCCAGUCUGCAGGGGCCCCUGAAGAGGAGCUAGCUCAUGGCCGAGACAACCCCCAGCACUGCCUGUGGGUGGAUGAGUUUGCACCCCAGCACUACACAGAGCUGCUCAGUGAUGAUUUCACCAAUCGCUGCCUCCUCAAAUGGCUGAAACUCUGGGACCUGGUGGUGUUUGGCCAGGAGAAGCCCACCCGGAAGCCCAGGCCCAGUGUGGAGCCUGCCCGGAUUGGGAAGGAGGCUACUGCUCCUGGCAAGUGGAAAAGCCAUGAGCAGGUGCUGGAGGAGAUGCUGGAAGCUGAGUUAGAUCCAAAUCGGCGGCCCCGGCAAAAGGUGGCGCUGCUGUGUGGGCCCCCAGGGCUGGGCAAGACCACACUGGCACAUGUGGUUGCACGGCAUGCUGGUUACUGUGUGGUGGAGAUGAAUGCCAGUGAUGACCGCAGUCCUGAGGCCUUCCGAACACACAUUGAGGCAGCCACCCAGAUGGAGUCGGUGCUGGGCGCUGGUGGAAGGCCCAACUGCCUGGUCAUCGAUGAGAUUGAUGGGGCUCCUACGGCUGCCAUCAACGUUCUCCUGGGCAUCCUGAACCGCAGGGCUCCACAGGAGGCAGAGUCAGGGGCCCCAUCUGUACCUGCAGGUGGGGGCCGGCGGCGCCAGGCGGAAGGAGGACUCCUGACAAGGCCCGUUAUCUGCAUCUGUAAUGACCAGUUUGCACCAUCCCUGCGACAGCUGAAGCAGCAGGCCUUCCUGCUCCAUGUGCCUCCAACUCUUCCCUCCAGGCUGGUGCAGCGGCUCCAGGAGAUCUCCCUUCGGCAGGGCAUGCGGUCCGACCCGGGAGCACUGGCUGCCCUCUGUGAGAAGACUGACAAUGACAUCCGCGCCUGCAUCAACACUCUGCAGUUCUUAUAUGGGAGGGGCCGGCGGGAGCUGAGUGUGCGUGAUGUGCAGACCACCCGUGUUGGCCUCAAGGACCAGCGCAAGGGGCUCUUCUCUGUGUGGCAGGAGGUCUUCCAGCUGCCCCGGGCCCAGAGGCGACUCGUGGGCCAGGACCUGAACCUGCCAGCCCACGCACUCCUGCUCGAUGAUGGGGACAUGGGUUCCCUGACCCUGGCCUCCCAGCGCUUCUACCACAUCCUGCAUGUCACCACCUCAGCAGGCGAGCAUGAGAAGGUGGUCCAGGGCCUGUUUGACAACUUCCUGCGUCUGCGGCUUCGGGACUCCAGCCUGGGCACCGUGUGUUCAGCCCUUGACUGGCUGGCCUUCGACGACCUGGUGGAGCAGGCUGCCCACCAUGGCCAGAGCUUCCAGCUUCUGCGCUACCUGCCUUUCCUGCCUGCGGCCUUCCAUGUACUCUUUGCCUCCAGCCAUGUGCCACGUAUUACCUUCCCCAGCAGCCAGCAGGAGGCCCAGAACCGGAUGAGCCAGACCAGGAACCUGAUCCAGACGCUGGUGUCAGGCAUUGCACCGGCCACCCGCAGCCGGGCCACACCCCAGGCCCUUGUCUUGGACACCCUCUGCCUGCUCCUGGAUGUCCUGGCCCCCAGGUUGCGCCCUGUGAGCACACAGCUGUACAGUGCCCGCGAGAAGCAGCAACUGUCCAGUCUUGUGGGUACCAUGUUGGCUUACAGCCUCACCUAUCGCCAAGAGCGCACACCAGAUGGGCAGUACCUCUACAGGCUGGAGCCGAAUGUGGAGGAGGUCUGCCGCUUCCCUGAGCUGCCUGCUCGCAAGCCCCUCACCUACCAGGCCAAGCAGCUCAUUGCUCGGGAGAUCGAGGUGGAGAAGAUGCGCCGGGCAGAGGCUGUGGCCCGGGCUGGAGUUGGCCCCCAGGUGGACCAGGGCCCUCCGGGGUCUGGAAAUCUGCCGGAGGGUGGUGGGGAUAAAGGGGUGAGACGGCCUGCCCCACGCAACCACGAGCAGCGGCUGGAACACAUCAUGAAGAAAGCAGCUCUGGAGGAGGAGCCUGAGAAGGACUUCUUUGGGCGUGUGGUCGUCAGGAGAGCGGUAGCCCCAAGCACAGAGGCCAAGGCCCUGGAAAAGGAUGCUGCUGAGUGGCGCAUGGGCACAGCGGUGGGCAGGAGUGAGGUGUGGUUCCGCUUCAACGAGGGCGUCUCGAAUGCUGUGCGGCGCAGCCUGUACGUCAGGGACCUGCUGUAGCCCCGCUGCCCCCAGAAUGUGGGUCACUGUCCCAUAGGGAGUGUACAAAGGCACAGAC